UGAUAAACUCCGGGACAGAAAAUGGCGACGGCGGGGAGCCGGACCUCGUCGUCGGGAAUCCCAGAGUCGAAUAACGGCAUUACGGUCGGGAGCGCUUCUCAGGGCAAUUCGGGCAGCGCCGGUUCGCAUAGCAGUCCCGGGUCAGCGAGGAUCGGCGGCGCGGAAAGCGCGCAAUGGGGGCGCAGGGAGCUGCGCAAAGUCAGGAGCGUGGAUCUGGAUAAGCCAGAGUCGCUGCUGCUGUCGCCUGAUAGCGGAGCGGCUCAUCUGCGCUUCCUGUCCGCGUCCUCGCCUGGCGCAGUGCAGCAGCAAUCGCAGCGCAUCCCGGGGAGCGGCUCUUUGACCAGCAGUCCGCUUUCGGACAACGCGAGUAACAUUGUACCCGAUGCUCAGGAAUUGCUGACCACUUCUCUUAAAAACAGCGCUGAUUAUGGUGCCGCCGGAACUCCCGGGGAAGUAAUCGCACCCCAGAGCAGUCGUGACAUGGAGAGCAAGGACACGCCGCGGGGCCUGCAGAAGAUGGAGGACCGUCCAGAGGAGCGGAUGAUCCGCGAGAAACUCAAGGCCACCUGCAUGCCCACUUGGAAGCAUGAGUGGUUGGAGAGGCGGAGCCGCAGGGGCCCCGUGGUCGUGAAGCCCAUCCCCUUACGACCUGAUGGGAGUGAGGCAGGCUGCCGGGGGGCCGACGGUGGAGAGCCUGACGUCCAGACCACAUCGCCCCCAUCUCGAGGAAGGAGGAGCCCAUCACCUGGACCAUUCUCAUCCUCAGCUUCCUCUUCCUCGGGCCGGUCUGUCAGCAAACCCGAGUCACCCGGCGUGCGUCGGAAGAGGGCCUCGCCGGUCCCGUUCCAGAGUGGCCGGGUGACCCCUCCCAGGCGAGCGCCCUCCCCCGACGGUUUCUCGCCCUACAGUCCAGAGGAAACCAAUCGCCGCGUCAACAAGGUGAUGAGGGCCCGCCUCUACCUGCUGCAGCAGAUAGGACCCAACUCCUUCCUGAUUGGAGGAGACAGCCCUGACAACAAAUACAGGGUUUUCAUUGGGCCACAGACCUGCAGCUGUGGCAGGGGGACCUUCUGCAUCCACGUGCUUUUCGUCAUGCUGAGAGUCUUCCAGCUGGAGCCCUCGGACGCGCUUCUCUGGAGGAAGACCCUGAAGAACUUUGAGGUGGAGAGCUUGUUCCAGAAGUAUCACAACCGCCGAAGCUCGCGGAUCAAGGCCCCCUCCAGGAAUACCAUUCAGAAGUUUGUCUCCCGCAUGUCCAACUCGCACACAUCUUGUGCCUCCAGCACCUCGACAUCCAGCAACGAGAACAGCAUGAAGGACGAGGAAGAGCAGAUGUGUCCCAUCUGUCUGCUGGACAUGCUGGAUGAGGAAAGCCUGACUGUCUGUGAGGAGGGCUGCAGGAACAAGCUGCACCACCACUGCAUGUCCAUCUGGGCCGAGGAGUGCAGGAGGAACCAGGAGCCCCUCAUCUGUCCGCUCUGCAGGGCCAAGUGGAAGACACAUGACUUUUACAGCCAUGAGCCGGCCUCCCCUGUGGAAAACGCCGGAACUCAUCCCCAGGGCCAGACUGUGGCCCCCAGCGAGAGUCCGAGGCAGACACAGGAGGGUGACUUCACGCUUCCCCACUAUGGAGUCCAGCAGAUCCCCCAGAGCUACAAGGAGCUGGCUAAGCCCUGGAUCAGGGUGUUUGGGAUGGAGCUGGUGGGCUGCCUCUUCUCCAGGAACUGGAACAUCAGGGAGAUGGCACUGCGCCGGUUGUCCCACGAUGUCAGCGGAGCUCUCCUGCUGGCCAAUGGGGAGCGUUCCUGCCCGGGGGCUGGCUCCGGGGGGGGUGGCGUCGGCGCAAGCGGGUGUGAGGCAUCGGGAGACGUGGUGGUGGAGUCUUGCUGCAGUGUCCUCUCCAUGGUGUGUGCUGACCCUGUGUACAAGGUCUACGUGGCCGCUCUGAAAACACUGCGGGCCAUGCUGGUAUACACCCCCUGUCACUCCCCGUCGGAACGGACGCGCCUGCAGCAGCUGCUCCGGCCGGUGGUGGAGACCAUACUGGUGAAGUGUGCAGAUGCCAACAGCCGCACCAGCCAACUGUCUGUAUCCACUCUGCUGGAGCUCUGUAAGGGCCAGGUGGGGGAGCUCGCAGUGGGCAGGGAGAUCCUGAAGGCUGGAUCCAUCGGCAUUGGCGGGGUCGACUACGUCCUCCACUGCAUCCUGGGUCCCCAGACGGAGGCCAGCAACUGGCAGGCCCUGCUGGGCCGCCUCUGUCUCAUAGAUCGCCUCCUGCUGGAGUUCCCAGCCGAGUUCUACCCCCACAUAGUCACCGGCGGUGACGCCCAGCAGUCCCACACCCUGGCGGAGAGGUACCAGAAGCUGCUGGCUCUGCUGAGCUUUGCCCUGCAGUCCAUCGAUAACUCGCACUCCAUGGUGGGCAAGCUGUCGCGCCGCGUCUUCCUGAGCGCCGCCCGCAUGGUGGCCCGUGUGCCCCACGUCUUCGUCAAGCUGCUGGACAUGCUCAGCACCACCAGCUCCACGCACUACGCUCGCAUGCGCCGCCGCCUGCUGGCUAUCGCCGAGGAGAUGGACAUCCUGGAGGCCAUCCAUCUGGGUGCCAAGGAGGCCCAUGUCGACGGCCUGCUGGAACCUUCCGUGCCAAACAACUCCCCUGACGUCACAGAGAACAACUCCCCUACCCACACGGUGCAGCUGCCCGGGAAGAAGCCCAGCACACCCAGCAGGGGGGGCCUCGGCGGGCCGGAGGAUGUUGCAGAGAGGCUGGCGGGGGUUACUGUGGCGAUGCCCACACUGGGAGUGUCGGCCGAACGCACCAAGCCGCCUGUGCAAGCGAGGAGUCGGCAGCUGAACCAGGGCCCCUCCUCCCCUUGCGCCAAUUGCUCCCAGGCCUUCCCGUCCCCCUCUGGCUCACACCCCCCUCCGCUCCCCACCCCGGACAAGGCCAAACCUCAUGCCUUCAUCCCCGCCAAGCAGGCUGCCUCUCCUAUAGCCCAGCGCAGGUUUCCGCCCCCGAGGGGCCCCGGCACCUCUAAGGACCCCGAAAAGCCGGCCCCAGUCUUCACGCAGGCCCGUCCCAUUGCCUCUGGCCAGAUCCAUAGACCAAAGCCCACCCGCCCCCCCCCCUGCGAGGGGGGCACGAUACUCGGUCAGCUCGGCAGGGGCCACCUGAAGCUGGAUCUACCAGAUGCUGCGCAUGCCGGAAAUGCCCGCGGCACCCCGCUGAUCCCCGGCGAGGACACCGUCUUCACCCCAGUGGAGGACAGCGGCCGGGGCCUGGAGGCCUCGGUCGAGCUCAACUCCAGCAUGGAGGACCUCCUUGAGGGUGCCGUCCCCGUCCCCGGGAGCACAGUCACCUUCCGCUCGGAGGUGGCCGUGCUGUCGCCGGAGAGGCCUGGUGCCGGUGAGGAGGAAGACGCCUAUGCCGACGACGUGAGCCAGAACCAGAAGUGCAAGGAGAAGAUGGAGGCGGAGGAGGAGGAGGCACUGGCGCUGGUCAUGGCCAUGUCUGCCUCGCAGGAUGCCCUGCCCACCAUCCCUCAGCUGCAAGUGGACAAGGAGGAGGAUGUCAUCAUUAUCCAGGCGGAUACCCCAGAGACUCUGCCUGGCCACACCAAAGCAAAACAGCCGUACAGAGAAGGAGCGGAGUGGCUGAAGGGCCAGCAGAUUGGCCUUGGAGCAUUCUCAUCCUGCUACCAGGCCCAAGAUGUGGGCACGGGAACGUUGAUGGCUGUCAAGCAGGUGACCUACGUGCGCAACACGUCCUCGGAGCAGGAGGAGGUGGUGGAGGCCCUGCGGGAGGAGAUCCGCAUGAUGGGCCACCUGAACCACCCCAACAUCAUCCGGAUGCUGGGCGCGACGUGUGAGAAAAACAACUACAACCUCUUUGUGGAGUGGAUGGCGGGGGGUUCUGUAUCCCACCUGCUUAACAAAUAUGGGGCCUUCAAGGAGGGCGUUAUCGUCAACUACACCGAACAGUUGCUGCGAGGCUUGGCCUACCUCCACGAGAACCAGAUCAUCCACAGGGACAUCAAAGGUGCCAACCUGCUCAUCGACAGCACAGGCCAGAGACUGCGUAUCGCAGACUUCGGGGCGGCAGCCCGGCUGGCCUCCAAGGGGACGGGUGCCGGAGAGUUCCAGGGCCAACUCCUGGGCACCAUCGCCUUCAUGGCUCCUGAGGUGUUGCGGGGGCAGCAGUAUGGCCGCAGCUGUGAUGUAUGGAGUGUGGGCUGCGCCAUCAUCGAGAUGUCCUGCGCCAAACCGCCCUGGAACGCUGAGAAGCACUCUAACCACCUGGCACUCAUAUUCAAGAUUGCGAGUGCCACCACGGCACCGACAAUCCCACCGCACCUGUCCCCCGGCCUACGCGACGUCACCUUGCGCUGCCUGGAGCUGCAGCCCGCUGACCGGCCGGCGUCACGAGACCUACUGAAGCAUCCUGUCUUCCGCCUAAACUGGUAGGGGGUGGGGUCUGGUCCCGCCACCCCAGAAGACAUCAUCCACCUACUACUGAUGGCCCACGAGUGCUCACCCCCUAAUGGUUGCUAGGCGCUAAAUGCCAGCCUGUGAGCAUAGGGCGGUACCCUAAGGCCGACGCGAUGGCGCCACCUGCUGUACCCUCGUGGACUGUAAGCCUAUCGGACCUUCGCAUGCCAUGCUUGUACCUUAGCCCACGACGGCCACAACCCCCUGUACCUUAGUGUGCCAAGAGCUGGUUUCUGUUCCCUUCUAAAUGGUGCCUUUUUAGACGUGUGAUAUGGGUCCUUUCUUGACCAGCUUUAAUUAUUACCCUGUUCCUUUAAAUGGGCUGUUCUGUUCUGUUACUGGCAACCCUGUGGUGAAAUGUAUUCAUUAUGUUGUUAUUUUUAUAGCCACAAGGUUUAAAUACUGUUUCUUCUUCCUUUGACAGCAGAGUAAGCCGGUUUAUCGCUUAGGUCGCCGCACCUUCAUGCAUUUCAGAAGCGUAUUAUCAUCCGCACUUGUACGAAUACGUUAUGUAGAGCACAGGUGUUAAAUGAUUAUUUUUUUAGAUGAUUCUGUGUAUAUUACAAUUGGUAAAUGCAAUAUAUAUAUAUAUAUAUAUAUAUAUAUAUAUAUAUAUAUAUAUAUAUAUAUAUAUAAGAGAUUAUAUAUAAAGAUGCCUUUGAUGUGUGCAUUUUACUGUCAGGCCAUUGUACUUGGCCAGUUAUUCUGAGAGAUCUUCAAAAUGUUUCAGGGAAAGGUGAUAUUUUAGCAGAAGCUUUGCUUUGUAGGAAAAAAAACGCUGGUCAGCAUCGGCAUUUCAAAGAGUUGUCUUGAUUUUUGUAUCUGGCAUUUUUUUUUAAUAUUGCAAGAAAUGUUUCAUAUACGUGUAAAUAGGGAAGGUGUUUGCUUUUUGGGUUCUGCUGGGAUUCUGUUUGUCCGAGACCUUUUUAAUCUGCCAGAGAAACUUUUGUUGGGACAGUUUGGACAUCAGGUGAACAGCGAACAUCCUGCUGGUUCCUUAACACUGUUACAUUUGAGACUUGUGAACCUUAAAAGAAAUGUUAUUUGGAAGUUUCAUAAGUCCUCAGAUGACCAAGUGUAAUAUUUCAUUUCCGAACAAAUAUUUCUACCUUUUGUAAUCAGUCUGCCAUUUUCGUUUGGUGCUGUUCCUUCGUACAUAGCAGUGCUUAAUCGUUGACUCCUUUAGGAAUGAUCUUGAACAUAUAAAUAUAUAUUUUAAGUAAAGAAAAGGAUGAUGUACAUCUGAGGUUUUAAAAAUCUCUUCCACCAUUCUAUUCUUACAAUGCUGUAAAACACCUUUUUGGUGGAGGGGAUGUCUUGCAAAUUUGUGGACGCAUAGAAGAUCUACAGACUUUAUUUUCCUUGAUGCAGAAUUAAAGAACAAAACUAUUUUUAUCAGCUUGUCUCUGGAUUAGACGUUUAGAGCAUGUUCAGAUUAUUUUAAGAACUGUAACUCUUCAAGUGUUGUUCUGGAUUGCAGUUGGAGGGACAAUGAAAAACAGUAGUUAAGCUAUGUGAUAUGUUUUUUGAACAUAUAAUGAGGCUUAUUGAGAUUUUAUGCUCUUUAUCUGGAAUCCUUACAGAAUGAAUUGGACAAGGGAUGUCAAUGCUAAUGUUACGACAAUUUCAAAAGGAACAUUUUAAAAGAAAUUUUAUUUAAUGCAAAUUUCUAUUUCUCUAUGUUGAGUACAAGUGUGACAAAGCUUGAAGAGUUAAAAAUGUAAAUAAAUGUGAAGUUUGGUAGCUAAAUUUUAUUGUACUUGACUCCUGUAUUUUUAUACCACACAUUUUUCAUAAAUACAUUUUUUGUUCCUGCUUUGAGUUACUUUUCUUACCUUUCUUUUAAUGUCUUUUUAAGAGCUUUAAACAUAUGCACUGUUUUUUUUAUAUGCUGGAAAAAUCCGAUUUCUGUCAGAUUCAUAAAAUCUAAUCAGUAUUACGUAAAUCUGUCGCACCCGUAAUUCCUACCGAUCUGUCAGUGCCUUUGGAAUCAGCUUGUCCUUCUGUGUCUUUGCAAGCUGACAGGUCUGUGUUGUGCAUUUUAUUUCUCCUUGUUAAAGGCGGAUGUGAUGUAAUCUUAUUUUCUUUUCAGAUUGGAGCUGGACUGAAAUUAUUGUGUAAAACUUUUAUGUCAUUUCCUGUCUCACUCGGUGGUACUUUUUUUUUUGUAAAGAAAGUCUUGCUGUUUUAUUCCAGUCUCUACUACCUCAGGUGUCCUAUAGAGUUUUUCUUCAACCAAAGUUCUCUUUCUCGAUAUAUAUUCUAUUUGUAAUUUGUAUUUGUUUUCUCCUUUUCAAAGAUUUCCAGGGCCAAGGGCUAACUUCCAUUAGCACCUUCAUUGUGCAAAUAAACUCAUGAAAUCUCUGGGUUAAAAGAUGAGAUUGGCUUAAACCGCAUCCAUGAUUUUAGAUAUAUCAAAAUAUUUUAAAUAUUAAAGGUUUUACCCAGUUUGAAAAAUUUUAUAGCAUAAUUUGGACUUGUUUUGGUGUUUUGUCUUUAAUAAAUAAAAUAAUUGGGAAUAAAAAGCUUGCUUUCUUUGA